GGUGAAUUCCCACGCGCGUGCGCAGUUGCGACGGUGUAAAUGUGCGUAGUGCGGCCAACCGAGCUGACUUCCGAGUUUAAAAAAAAAAUGGCAAUAUCAGCCCUUUUUGUUAACUUUGUCCUUUUUGUCCUAGUCACGCUGACACAGUCAUCGCCGAACACGGAAAAUAUCCAGAUUAACGUGAUAGCCGGGUCGCCAGAUACACAGGAGGCUUACAGUUUGCAGAUCAAUUUAAACAUAUCAGUGGACAAGGAGCAAGUAUUGGUAAACAAUAUCCCCGUUGAGCUAUCGGCCGUGACCAGAUUAAACUGUCAAGCCCUUUUCUUGGGCAGCACAAACGGAAGCAGUGAGUAUGGAGCCGGGGACCUGCUUUCUACUGUCACCAGGGUGAUGGUGACCCAGAACCAGCUGUACAGUGACGCAGAAAAAGUGGUGGAUCUGCAGGUGUUUAGUGAAGUCAUCGAGUUGGAGGGCAGAAAGGUGCAGCAGCCUGAAAUGUGCGAGGUGAAAAUACUGCUGAGUCCAGACUUCCAGAAGCUGGGCCAGUACACCAAAACUUACCCCAUGGGACACAGUGACAUCUUCAGGCUGUCCAGAGAGCACGACGUGGUGGUCACACAUCCCGCCAACCAUCAGAAAGAGGAGCAAAUGAUGUCCCAGACCACCAGCCAGUACGCUCUCAAACACUCGGAGACCACGCAAGAAGAAAUCGCCGCGCCGGGAAAACUCCCGGAGACGCCGCUGCGCAUGGACCCUGAUGUCCUGCAUGAUGCCAGCUAUGAAGACGCGGAAGACCUGGGACAACCUGAGCAGACUCCAGUGGAGACUUCACCCAAAGAAUUUCUCUCCUAUUCGGCCAUGUGUCGCUGGGUGGACCACUUCCGGGAGCGUCUGCGACUCUUCUGUGCCCAGUCCCUGCCCCUCUUCUUCCUGGUCAUGUGUGUGGUGGUCAUCGGCGUGGUGGGCUCGGCCGUCAUCGUCAAGAUACUGGACUUGUUCUUGCCCGCCUGUGAACCCAGGCCCAUGUUUCUACUGAAGGAUGUGAGUCUGGUGCCAGAGGAGGAAGACGAGGAGAAGCACACACUCCUGGACAACUUGGACUUGGAAGACCAGGACCAGAGGAAGCCUUGAGGGAAGACUUGAUUUUUUUUUUGUCUUAUAGGCAGAAGUGAAAUGUUUUUUCGUACUGAUCAUGUGACUGAAGACAAAUAAGUGCUUCAUAUCCUCAAAGAAGCAUCAUGUAUUCAUCACACAAUCACAAGCUAGCAUUACUCAGUCCCAGCUUCAGUUUAUUGGUGCUGUCCAACUCCUUUUAAUCACUUCACACUGUUAAAGACACCAUUUCCUACGCUUUAAACCCGCGGCUCAGAAAACAGUGCGGCUCACUCAUGGAUUUUUCUUGAAUAACGGCCUUCGUGUUAUUUCAUGGACAAAGAGUUUUCGCUGAAAAGGUGUUUGUGCUGUGGCGCCAUCUAAAGGACGAGUUCACUUACUGCACGUGACACAGGUUGAAAAUGUAUUUCCUGUUUCGUUCCUUGAACCAAAUGUAUGCCAUAGCAUUUCUGCUCGAAAGGAUUCUUCACUCAUCACUUUGAGCAACAGUUGAACGUUUUACGAUAUAACUAAAACUGCUUAUACGUACUAAAGUGUCCCAUGUGUGAUGUCUGCCGGUGUUUCCAUGCGUAUUUGUACACGCUAUCGUAAUGUAAUCAAGCUAGCAACGUUAGCAUCAGCUAAUAUGCUAACACAUUCACCAGUGUCGGUGUUAGUAUUAUUUAAUACUAUUGUUUCGUAAAUUCACCAAAACCUCACCAUGGAGUUGUUGAGUCUGUUUAGCUGAUUGGAGAGCUAGCUUGCGCCGCUGGUUGACUUCUGUUUUGUUUGAUCCGCCGUUUUACUGCCGUGUUGCAGACACUGUUAAGGUAUGUAAAUAAACACUCGUACCGAUAUAUAUCUGCGGCUAAUAUGUAAAUAUAUUUAUUCCUUCAGAAAUGUGUCUUGAAUAGCCCGGAAAAUAUGGUAUGUCAACAUUUGUGGUAGUAUUUUAGUAAUAAUAAUAAUAGAUUUUAUUCGUAAACACAUUUUACAGUGAGCAAACAACCUCAAAGUGCUACGGUGCAUUUAAAAAAUAAAAUAAAAUUCUGCGAUGAGGUGGCGACUUGUCCAGGGUGUACACCGCCUUCCGCCCGAUUGUAGCUGAGAUAGGCUCCAGCGACUCCGAAGGGAAUAAUUGGUAUAAAAUGGAUGGAUGGAUAAAAACAACAAUGUUAGAACCACAAAUAGUUGUAAAAUAAAUCCAUCCAUCUAUCCAUUUUCUACCGCUUAUUCCCUUUCGGGGUCGCGGGGGGCGCAGGCGCCUAUCUCAGCUACAAGCGGGCGGAAGGCAGGGUACACCCUGGACAAGUCGCCACCUCAUCGCAAAAAACUAGAACAGCCUAAUAGAAGUAGCAUGUAUAUAUAUCUAAAUAUAUAUAUAAAAAAAAGGGGUUUUAAGUCUUUUUUUAAAAGCAUCCACAGUCUGUGGUGCCCUUAGGUGGCCAGGGAGAGCGUUCCACAGACCGGGAGCGGCUGAGCAGAAAGUUCGGAGCUAUGUCCUCGGAGGUUAGCCUAACUAUUAAGGCGGCAUUAAAAUGUGCAGACAGUGACUUCCUUUUCAGGCUUCAAAAUAAAAGCCCGGUGGCAUAAACUUGCAUUCUACCACAACUCAAAAUCUUCCCAAGUUUUUUUUUUCCCCCUGAUGAUGAGCAGAAGGAAGAUGUGUGCACAUGACGUGUAGUUGAAGGCAUGCAUGUGUUCACUAAGUAGGGAUGCAUUUUAUUUUGACGCUACUUGACUAGAACUGGGGGUUGUUGAUAAUCUCAGAGGUGGAUCAAGUCUACGUUGUUGCAAAGAUGCUCACUUUACAUGGAAAUACUCCCAGCUGGACUUUAGACACAACUGUCUGCAGCUUUUCAGCAAAUAAAGCACACACACUUUGAGGGUUCCAUUCUGACAACACAAUCAUGUACAAACCCCGUUUCCAUAUGAGUUGGGAAAUUGUGUUUGAUGUAAAUAUAAACGGAAUACAAUGAUUUGCAAAUUUGCAUAUUCAGUUGAAUAUGUUACAAAGACAACAUAUUUGAUGUUCAAACUGAUAAACGUUAUUUUUUAUUGCCAAUAAUAAUUAACUUAGAAUUUCAUGGCUGCAACACAUGCCAAAGUAGUUGGGAAAGGGCAUGUUCACCACUGUGUUACAUCACCUUUUCUUUGAACGACACUCAAUAAACGUUUGGGAACUGAGGAAACUAA